AUGAUGGGCCAUCUCACACUCCCACAACUGUGCCUUAAUGUACAACACGGAAAGUACAGCAAGAAGACGCAGCGGCCACCAACUCUUUCGCAACGUUGCGUAACCACGUUGAUAUCCUCUCGGAUCAGCAGAAAACUUUCGCCCGCUGAUUGCCCGACCUACACCUCAACAUUGUUAUCGGCGGAAGGAAGCACCACCGAGAAUCUCAAAUAUAAUCACCGUGGUCCCACCACCACUUUCAGCGCUACAGCUUCUAAUCCCAUCAUCUUUCCCAAUUAA